CCGCUGAUGCGGCAGUACGAAGGGGCGGCGCGGGGUCGCGGCGUGGCGGCGGCCGGCUGGCGCGUCUGCCUGGCGCACCGCUUCGAGGAGACGCGGCAGCCCUACGGCGCCGGCGACGUGCCGCUUCGCGACGUCCUGCGGCACGUCGGCCUCGGCUUGCGAUACUUCAGGUGGUGGUUCAAGAAGACCCGCAUAGAGAAGAAGUCUGCUUUCAUUGACCUCUUGUAUGCUGUUCCUCUGCAGCAGAUCUAUGGGUGCCCGCUGGGCGGGAUCGGGGGAGGUACCAUCACCCGUGGCUGGCAGGGCGAGUUCUGUCGCUGGCAGCUGAAUCCUGGCAUUUACCACUACAAAACGGUCAUCGCUGACCAGUUCACAGUGUGCCUGCGUUGCAAAGGGCAGACUGUUUACCAGCAAGUCUUGUCUGUGGAGAGACCCAGUGCUCUGCAGGGCUGGAACUGGGGCUACUGUGGCCACUAUGCCUUCUACCAUGCCCUGUAUCCCCGUGCCUGGAUGGUCUACGAGCUCCCGGGGCAAAACGUGGUGCUCACUUGCCGUCAGGUUUCUCCUGUCAUCCCCCAUGACUAUAAGGAUUCCAGCUUGCCAGUGGCAGUAUUCAUCUGGGAAGUGGAGAAUGGGAGGGAUGAGGAUGUAGAGGUCUCCAUCAUGUUCACCCUGCAAAAUGGCACAGGAAAGAAGGAGGACAGAAGUGGAGGGCACUGGAAUGAGCCCUUUGCCUUAGAGAAGCAGGGGGAGCGGGUUGCUGGAGUCCUGCUGCACCACCGCACACAUGUGAACCCCUUCACUCUUGCCAUCUCUGCCCGGGAGAAGGCUGGCACAGAAGUCACUCACCUCACGACAUUCAAUCCUGCUGGGUCAGGUAAAGAGGUGUGGCAAGACCUUUUGCAGGAUGGCAGGCUGGAUUCCCCUGCUGGUAAAAGUGCCCCGACAGAGAAGGGGGAGGUGACAGCAGCAGCAGUAUGUGCCACUUGCAGGGUGCCUGCCCAUGGACACAGGACACUGGAGCUAGCCCUGGCUUGGGACAUGCCCUGUGUUCACUUUGGCUCCAAGGAGAAGCUGCAUCUUAGGCGGUACACUCGGUUUUUUGGCAGUGGAGGUGAUGCUGCUCCUGCCCUGUCACAUCAUGCCCUGACACACUAUGAGGAGUGGGAGAGGAAGAUAGAAGCGUGGCAGAAACCCAUCCUGGAGAACAGGCAGCUGCCUUCCUGGUACAAGUCGGCCCUCUUCAAUGAACUGUACUUCAUGACAGAUGGGGGGACCAUCUGGAUGGAGCUGCCCCCCGACUGCUGUGCUGAGGAACUCCAGGGGCCGGCAGGGGCUGUCCUCUCCCACCUCCUCCCUGUGCUGCGGGAGUACGGAAGGUUUGCUUAUUUGGAAGGCCAAGAGUACCGGAUGUACAACACUUAUGAUGUCCACUUCUAUGCCUCCUUUGCUCUCGUUAUGCUGUGGCCCAAACUGCAGAUCAGCCUGCAGUAUGAUAUUGCUGUCACAGUGGUGAAUGAGGAUGCCCAGCCCCGGCAAUACUUGAUGUGUGGUCAGACAGCCCAGGUGAAACUGAAGAACGUGGUGCCACAUGACAUUGGGGACCCAGAUGAUGAGCCAUGGCAGCGUGUCAAUGCCUACUUGAUGCACGACACCGCUGACUGGAAGGACCUGAACCUGAAGUUUGUGCUGCAAGUGUACCGCGACUACCACCUGACACAGGACCGCCUCUACUUGCAGGAUAUGUGGCCAGUUUGCCAGGCUGUGAUGGAGUCGGAGCUGAAAUUUGACACAGAUAACGAUGGGCUCAUUGAAAACGGUGGCUUUGCUGACCAGACAUAUGAUGCCUGGGUGGUAAAUGGACCCAGUGCCUACUGUGGCGGGCUGUGGCUGGCAGCUGUCUGUAUGAUGUGCAAGAUGGCAGAGCUGCUUGGGGAUGCAGAGAUCCAGCAGAAAUACAUGGACAUCCUGAAGAAGGGCAAGGAGUCAUUUGAGAAGAUGCUCUGGAAUGGGAAGUACUACAACUAUGACAGCAGUGGGAGCAACACCUCCAGCAGCAUCAUGUCAGACCAGUGUGCCGGGCAGUGGUUUCUUGGGGCUUGUGGCCUAGACCAAGAAGAGUUUGAGGUCUUCCCUAAGAGUCAUGUCGUUAGUGCACUUAAGACUAUCUUUGAAAAGAAUGUCAUGAGCUUUGCUGGUGGCACUAUGGGAGCAGUGAACGGCAUGAGACCUGAUGGAGUGCCCGACACCUCCAGCGUGCAGUCCAACGAGGUGUGGAUUGGCGUGGUCUAUGCUUUGGCUGCCACUAUGAUCCAGGAGGGGCUGGUGGAAGAAGGCUUUCGUACAGCAGAGGGCUGCUACCGGACCGUUUGGGAGCGGCUGGGCAUGGCCUUCCAGACGCCAGAGGCGUACCGGGAGAAGAAGGUGUACCGCUCGCUGGCUUACAUGCGGCCCCUCAGCAUCUGGAGCAUGCAGCUGGCCCUGGAGCGCAGAGCCUGCUGCACACCAGCACCCGUGCAGCCUCCACAGGCCCCUAUCCACCCCUGAGCUUGGUGCUGAUCAGUAGGGCAGCGGGUGCACUGGGGGACUGGGGGGUUCAACUGACAAGCUGGGACCCUUCCCUCCCUCUCUUGGCUAUUAGUCCCAUUGCUGUUUUCCUUCCUUACCUCCACCACAUGCCCUUAGCCUCAGAGGGCUUUCAGCUACUGAUGCUGAGCAUGAGAAAGGACCAGAGAUGCAGGUGAUUCCUCCUUGGAGAGGAGAAGGAUGGGAUGAGGAGGCACUGCUGGAGCUUGUGCCUCCUCUUCCCCAUUGCUCAGGGCUCUGACAGCCUGCAGGACUUGAAGCCAUUCUCCACUGGAACUGAUGCCUUGGCCAGGAGCACAGGAGACUGCUGCUUUUAGUCAGCAGGCUGGGUAAGGUGGGAGCUGGCCUGCAGAGACACACAGUUGGGGCUGUUAGUGUGUGUCUGUGAGGACACUGGACUGGUAGGCAUGUGGGUGCUGCAGUUGUCCCUCAGUUGUGUGACGCUGCACUUGCAGGCUGGCUCUGCCCUAGGGCACCUGCCCAGCAGAACCUGUGACAGAUACAAUCCCCAGGGGAGCCCCAACUCCCUGGCUGGUGACAAUCGGAGCCCAAGCAGCAGGUCCUGGUCUGGUACCAUGGCACCCCUCCCUGCUGGUGCCAGGGGUGGGCAGCAGAGAGUGUUUAAGGGGAUGAAUCAUUUUCAAUUCUUAAUAAAUUUAUCCAGCUGUC